UUGGCUUUCAUUAGUCGUGUUGUCUUAAUUCCUGUUUAUGAAAUUACUGAUUUGUGAUAUACUGAAGUCUUGAUCAAGCUGAUUGAAAUUAGCAUUUACGGGUCAUCUGAUAAUCAUGUUGAGAUUUUAUCAUCUGAUGCUUCUAUAAGUGCUUUUGAAAAUAUUCUUUAGGUUCUUUGCACGAUCUGACAACCUAUUUAUUUAACACGGGACAGACUGUGGAAUUCGAGGGAAAUUCCAACAUUACAAAGAACUUUUUAAAUUUUCGUAGUCAUACUCAUAAUGAGCGAAUUUCCAAGUGACAAACUCCUACCGGUCAAACUAUUGUGAAUUUUCCCAAAGUACGGGAAGACUAGUUUAAACACUAAUGUUUCCAUGUUCCGAUGACUUCCUUUAAUUAAGUUGAAAAUUCGGAGAAAUGUCUCAAAGCGUAGACAAAUUUUAAGACGACCUGUACGGCAAGUCCUCCGGCUUUUAAUGAAAGUGAACGGGCUAUCGUAACUAAGGAACAAACAGCAGCGAUAGGUUAAAGUAGAUAAAUGUUCAAACCCGAAUGAGGAAUCCGACUGUUAGCAUGACUAUUUCGGAAAAGGAUGGAACUACUAUUCACACUCAUUCCAGUUCUUUUUCUGCUGUUAAGUCCGGCACUUUGUCUCUUCAAUACCAAUGAUGACGUUAUUGAACUCACAGACCAAAACUUUGGGAAAGUAACGUCCAGCGACGAAUUAUGGUUUGUUAUGUUCUAUGCAUCUUGGUGUGGACACAGUAAAAACGCUGCACCGGACUGGAAACUGUUUGCUACCAAGCUUAAGGGUAUUAUAAAAGUUGGUGCGGUUAAUUCUGAAAACAACCCUGCAACAACUCAAAGAUUUUCAAUUCAAGGUUUCCCAACAAUUAUGAUAUUUGGAGAUAAUAAAAAUAGUCCGAAACCAUACACAGGUGGUAGAGAUAUCGAUCAACUGAAUAAGGAAGCUCUGCGUGUACUUACUUCCUUAAUAAAAUCGAGAACAGGUUCUGGAUCUUCUGGUGACUCUGACAUCGGUGAUGUAAUAGAGCUUACAGACAGCAAUUUUGAUGCGAAGGUUCUCAACAGUCAGGAGCCAUGGUUGGUAGAAUUUUUCGCCCCUUGGUGUGGACAUUGUAAAAAUUUAAAACCUCAAUGGGACAAAGCAGCUCGUGAAUUGAAAGGGACCGUUAAAGUGGCUGCUUUAGAUGCCACAGUUCAUACUCAAAUGGCUCAGAAAUAUGGGAUUCGAGGUUACCCUACUAUCAAAUUUUUCCCUGCUGGACCAAAAACAGACGACCCUAUUGAUUACGACGGUGCUCGAAGUUCAGAAGCAAUCGUUGCAUGGGCCAUUGAAAAAGCAGAUGCUUCUGCUCCAGCACCAGAGAUUGUAGAAUUAACUUCAGGAAGUAUUUUGAAAGAGGCUUGUGAAAAUCAUCCACUGUGCAUCAUCAGUGUUUUCCCCAUGUUAUUCGAUUGUCAGUCAGAUUGUCGUAAGAAGUACUUGGAUUUACUGAAAACAGAGGCAGAUAAAUUUAAAAAACAGAAAUGGGGAUGGAUUUGGACUGAAGCUCUGAAACAUCCUGAAUUAGAAAAGAAACUAGAUAUUGGUGGUUCAGGAUAUCCUGCCAUGGUCGCUGUACAUGGGCGCAAAAAGAAAAGGACUACUCUUCGAGGUGCUUACAGCUCAACUGGUGUCCAUGAUUUUUUAAGACAGCUCUCAGUCGGCGGUGCUACUCUUCCUCUGUUUGAUGUGGAUUCGUUACCUGAACUAAAAACUGUUGAAGCCUGGGAUGGAAAAGAUGCUCAGCCUAUUGAAGAACAAGACUUCGACGAUUUAAAAGUGGAAUUAUGAUGGCAUGUGUGUUCCCUUUUUAUGAUCUCUUUCUCACAUCCCGUCAAUAAAAUUUGUUUCUGGAUAACAUUUUUGUUAUUGAAUGUCUCUUCCAUACUGUUGUACAAUUUAUUUAUUUCUUUGAAAAUUCCAUAAAUAUCACUUUUUUGUAAAUGGAUCGUUUUUAUUAAAUACCUUUUAUUAUAGGAAAUAUAUUUUUUUUCACUGAAUUCAGGUCAAAAUUAGAG